UCUGUACACAUUCAGGUGUAUUAUUUAUUAUGUAGACAUUGCACCUCUGCAUUCAUGUAACACAGGUCAUGGAGGAAGGCCAUGAAUGAAGGAACGCUAUCUCUUCGGUUUAUAUCGGUGGACUUGGAGCUGUUUGGCUGUCCAUAAGUUAUACAACACUUGAAGGAAUCAUGCGAUUGCGAGCACAAGUCUACUCCAACAGGUAGCAGCUGUCUAACGGACUAGUCAAGCGAAGUGAUGAGGUUGUCUGGAGCGGUCGUGCUGGUGUUGAUCAGCGCGGCCUGUCAUGGCUAUGAGGCGCACGUGUUGGUGGAGGGCGUGCCGCUGGAGCUGUGGGGGCUGGAGGAGGGGGCAGAGCCCUGGGACGCCCUGAGGGAGCUGGGGGCCGAGAUGCACCGCGCCUUCAAACACGCCGUGGGCGGCGAAGUCAGCAAUGAGAUCUCGGAGGGUGUGGACAUGGCGGUGCGUCUGGGCCUAUCGCUGGUGAGCGAGGUGCGGGACUCGAGCGAGGGCGUGUGGGAGCAGAUCUCGGAGGAGGCGGAGCGGCUGGCCAGCCAGCUGGAGGAGGAGACGCGGCGGCGCGUGGUGGCCAUCGAGAGCCACGCCGAGGCCUACGCCAGCGAGGUGCGGCGUAAGAUCGACCAGAACCUGCUGGAGAUCCAGAGGAACACGGUGCCCGUGGUGCACACCUUCCGCGGACAGCUGGAGCAGACCGCCCUCAACAUCCGCAAGAGCGCCCAGUCACUCCUCGGAGGCUUCGCCACACUCUGGGAGUCCGAGUGAAGAAGACAUUGGGUCUUUCUCAAAACCUA